UCCCCGGCUCCCGCUGCCCAGAGCCCCGGCAUCCCCGGCUGCGCUCAGCCGCUCGCUGACGCCUCCCAGCAACCGGCCCCGAGAACUCCCAGCAAACGCCGCGCUGCCGCCACAGCGCCCCAGCACCCGCCGCCUGGACGGAGGGCUUUUAGGUGCCCAGCGCGAUCGCCCGAAAGUCUUAAUAGCUGAGAGAGACUGAGAAGAAGAGCAGGAAUCAGGCGUCGCAUGGGCAACCCGGCCCGGCCGUUGGGCGGCGGGGGCCUGAUUUCGAAUGGCCAGCGCCCCAAUCGGAGGCGCGGGCGGGGCGAGGCGCUGGGUUUGAGCCAGGCGGUAACCGGCGGCGCGGGGGUGGAGGGUGGUCGGGCUGCGCUCGACGUCGGGAGGUCGUGAUGAUGCCGAGCGGGGUGUGAGAGGGUGGGGAGGUGGCGGCGGGCGCUGGGCGCUGGGAUGGCGGAGCAGAGGCGAAGGCUGGUGCGGCUGGCGGUGCUGGAGGAGCUGCGGACCUCGUACGGAAUCAAGGUGAAGAGUGGGAGCUGCCUGGAGGCGGCCGCGCAGCCGAGAGCGGCGGCUGCGGAGGGUAAGAUCUUUGGAGUAUCUUUUCAUGCGUUACCGCAAUCACUUGUGCCAGAAUAUGGUCAUAUUCCAAGCUUUCUUGUUGAUUCUUGUAAGUAUUUGGAAGAACAUGUUCAGACCGAGGGACUCUUCAGAAAGUCUGGAUCUCUUGUUCGUUUAAAAGCUUUAAAGAGUAAACUGGAUCAAGGUGAAAACUGCCUCUCAGCUGCACUGCCAUGUGAUGUUGCAGGACUUCUUAAACAGUUCUUUAGAGAGCUGCCAGAACCCAUCCUUCCACCUCACCUGCAGGAAGGCCUUUUCAAAGCUCAGCAGCUAGGAAAUGAGAAGAAAACUGCAACUGUGUUGCUGUCAUGUUUGAUGGCUGACAGAACGAUUGAAGCUUUGAGAUACUUUUUCAACUUUCUGAGAACUGUGUCCCUAAGAUCAAAUGAAAACAGAAUGGAUAGCAGUAAUCUGGCAGUGAUUUUCGCUCCCAACCUCUUGCACUCAAAUGAAAAUGAAAAGAUGUCAGCCAGUACAGGAAAAAAAAUUCGCUUGCAAGCUGGCGUUGUGCAAACACUUAUUGACCAUGCAGCAGAAAUUGGACAAGUACCAGAAUUAAUCUUGGAAAAGAUUCCUGCGAUGUUAGGUGUUGAUGCCUUUCAAUCUACUCCCUCGCUGUGGGGCCAUGAAGACAGUGAAAAUGAAUCUCCUAGUGAAUGCAAGAAGAGGAGGCACCAAAGUGUUGGGGAUAUUGUUAGUGGAGCAUUGAAUAAAUUUAAAUCUAACAGAACACCCUCCACUACACCGCAACAACACAGCAGCGUCCUUUCAUCCAUGACUCCAGUGGUUCUUACUCCAAGUACCAAACGUAAACUUCCAGCUGACUGCUCUCAGGGCUUGUCCAGCAAGAAGAGACGAUCUUUAAAGCAUAGCUUUGCUUUUGAGUUGUUACCAAGUAGUAUUUUCACCAGCAGCUCAACACCAGCAUCAGUUCAUUUUGAAGCAAGCCCUUGUGUGUGUCUUGAGCCAUCACAAAUCUCACUGUCUCCUUCAACUGCUGAUGAAAAUCAUCUGUCUAGUACAGGGAAUAGAAGAAGUAAAAGACAUGCAAGCAAAAAAUUAUACAGGGCUGAAUCAGGAAAGACAGGUUGUUUUUCUCCAAAGGUUAGCCGAAAAGAAAUGGUUCGUAGGUCGUUACGCUUGAAGUUUGGUUUGGGAAAAAGCAACAGAGAAAUGAAUAUUGUGUCAGGAUGUGCAGUUGGUAACAGAUCUGAAAAUAUUGGAAGGCGUCUUGCAAGUCAGCAAGGUUUGGAAAGCAGAACUGAAUGUGCAAAAAAAGAUGUACUCUUCAGCACGUGUGUCAGUGAAAAAUUCCCUAAGAAAGGUUCAAAGAAUGUGAGCAAGUCAGAAGAAAACUUGCUAAGUCCAAAAUGUCACAAUAAAGUUGUUCAUCGGAUGUCGUGGAAUAGUCCUACUGUUGCAGAUUCUCAGGUGAUCAGCAGAAAUAAGGGGAUUCUGCCAGGACACCCUAAAACGGGAAUCAGUUCUUCAGAAUCUGUUUUGAUAUUUGGAAAGCCACCAGUAAUUCCAGAUGAAUUCAAAUCCACAGCUGCAAGCAAACAAGACAACAGCUUGCAACUUUGUGAAGAGGAAAGUAAUUUGACUGCAGAAACAUUGCUGAAAGUUAAGCAAGCUUUCUCUGCAUCUGGAAGUAAUCUUCACCAUUUGAGAGGUGAUACAAAGUCUUCCUUCUCAGAUGUAGCAGGUGAAACAUUAAAGGAAACCUUGUGUGUCAGUGGGAUCAGUCCAAAGAAAGAAUUGUUAGCUGAAGAAGUUUCUGAACAUCUAGCAAAUACAAAAUCCAGAGAGCUGUCGCACCAAUUUAAUCAAUCUUAUGCUGUUGAUAAACAGCAAUCAAAAAAAGAUGAAAUUAAACUUUUGGAGAAAAAAAACUUCAAAACUUCUAUUGAGAUUGAACUUCAGGUCCUGAAGCCAGUUAUAAAAAAUGCAACAGAACUUCCUGUUCCGCAAGUACUGGCCAGGGAAGACAAGCUGGCUGUUCAGAACAGUUCAUCAAAAGAUGACUUAAACAAAUUGGAUACCUUUGGAAGGAAAGAGGAAGUAAAAUUAACGCAUUCACUAACAGCUGAAAACUGGAUGGUAAAAGGCUGUAAUGUGGAAGAAGGUACUGCUAAACUUCCUGUGGCUGGACAGCUUCCUACUUCACAGUUGCCCAAAUCGCAAAAUGAAGUAGGCAACCAAUACUUGCAACCUGAAGAUUCUGAUCAAACUUUAACUAAACCAUCAACAGUUUCUGACCAUGGAAAGGUUUCUGACCACAUACAAUGGUUUAACAAGCUUUCAUUAAAUGAUCAGAGUUCUGCAAGCAAAACUAAACCAGCUCUUAAGUUUCAACGUACUCCUGUUAGACAGUCUGUAAGAAGAAUUAAUUCCUUAUUGGAGGCUAACAGACGAUCUGUAAGCACUCAGCUGCUUAAAGCGAGUGAUGUUGGUUCACCGCUUGUUAAAUCUUUGAGCUAUGAUUCUGCACUAUUGUCGUGCACAGAAAAGCCCUCAAAGAAUUCUGUGGCUUUGCCACUCAGGAGUGAAAGUACAUAUGACCAAGUUUGUGUAUCUCAUAAGCAGCUAGACUUAACAUCCAAAUCAUGUGGCAGGCUGUUAAAUCCAUCAGACAAGCCUGAUGUUUCUGUCAGAACUGCUGGAAUCCACGAACAGAAAGCGACUGUUCAUCCAUCAAAGUCUGUUCUAGAAGAUCUAACCAAUCACAAAACAGUGAAAUCCAGUUUAAAAGUUAAUGCAAAUAUAAAUAUUCCAGAAAAAUCUACAAUCGCAAGAGGUGCUCCGGGAAAAGAAAGAGUUUGUUAUAGAGGAUCUCCAAAGAAUCCAAUAUCUAAAGUGAAACUGCUACCAGCUGCAAAACCUGUAGACUUGUAAGAUCAAGUAUGAUGGUUAAUUUGGCUUAUUGUAACUUGGUUAACCUUUGGAAAAUCUAAAUUUGUAUGAUUAUUGUUUUAGCUCUGUAUUUUAUUUUUUUAACUGUAUGAGUCGUAAACUUGUACAAAUAACAGUUUAUCUUGAUGUUUUCUUCAUUUACUGAAACUUUUGCAAAUGUUACUCAGUUCACCCAAAUGAAAUUGACAUCUAAACCAAAAAUAACCUAGUUUUACAAAUGUUUUUGUUAGAUCCCAUACUUGAUUAUCUCAGCUUCUGAAAACAUGCUGCAUCUCCCAAAAUUUUUGCAGUUUUAGACUAAGUACCAAGUUAAAAAAAUGUUGACAUUUAAAACAAAGCUAACAGACAUGUGAAAGAAAAUGUCUUGAUGCUUGUGUAUUGGUAGUUAAAUUUACUGCUUAGUUUUAAGUGUAUUGUAGCACUACUUUAAGUUGGACCUUACACCAGCUCUACUUCUUUUGACACAGUGUAUUUUUAUUUCUAUUGGAGUAAAUUGGGAGCAUAUUUUCCUUGUUGAGUAAAUCAUAUUUUGCAAUAUGUACGCACUGGAGAAUUAUUGUAACACAGACAAAAUAAAUGUGUAGUUCAUCCAAAAAGUGAAAAGUCUUAAAACUUCAUCCAGCAAUGUGUUCUGCAAUAGGUACCAAGUAUUUUCAGUUGUGACCAGUAAAAUGUUUUUAUCUUAAUAUGGCAGGAUGGUUUUAACUUAUUUUUAGAGCAGUAGAAUAGUGUUAAGUAGAUGGUUCAGAAGCAGACUUUAGAUGCUGGUAAUGUUGCAAGAGAUGGAUGUAAGAAGCCAUAGUGUAUUAAAAGUUGAUUUGCACAAGCAAAUGUUUACAUCUUUUGGAAUUAGAACUGUUUGUCAUCGGUUGUAAAAUUAUUUAAGAGUAAACACUUGAAACUGUUCAUUAGCUUUCUGUAUGUGCGAAUUGCUUACUGGCAGAAUGUAAGAGUUGAAAGCACUGCAUAAUUUUGGUUUUAAUAAAACCAUUGGUGGUGUCUC